AUGACAACAACGACAGAAUUUCCAUUGACCACUUCGUCCAAGCGUCGACAAAUUAUGAUUAUUACUGGUGAUGAAGAUGUUCUUAAACAGAUUCGAAUCAGUAGUACGACAUCAGAAGUUGAACCCAUUCUAGUCGAAUUUAGCAAUGCUACUCAAGAUACUUCUCAUUUAACGGUAGUUGAAAUGCAAGCAUUAGUAAAACGGAAAAAGUCAAAUUCAAGAACAUUGACAUGUGUCGUCUGUGGUGGAAUAGCACAUGGUUAUAAUUUUGAUGCAAUUACUUGUGCAAGUUGUAAAGCAUUCUUUCGUCGUAAUGCACACAAAGAUCCGGAUGAACAACGAGCAGCUAAACGUCGUAAAAUUGAAGAAAAUCGACAAGUCACAUUGAAUUUGCAUAGUAACCAAUCUGUACCACCGGUAGGUACUGUAUUUGUCCAUAAUAGUAAAUAUGAUUGUUAG